AUGGAUGGCAUUGCGCUACUUCUAUUAUCACUGGUAUCAGUUAGUGAAGGGGAAACGCAUGUUGAGUUCUUGGAAGGAUGCAGUUCACAUUGCUCCAGUAAAUUCGAUGAGAAUCUAUCAUGUUGGAACAAAACAACUCAAUUUUUUAAUAAAAUACUUUUGGGCGCAUUUUUUCGAUAUGUUACCACACAGAAAAGCAUUGACAGAAUAAUGGAAUAUAUGGAGCGUAAUUAUUUCAAUAACGAUAGUGUCAUUCUAACAACAGAACUUAUUAAUAGAACUAUAAUGGCUUUUGUUUCUACUGCUUUUGAAACGAUUAAAACAAAAAAACAAUUCACUUUGUUGCCAUGCCCAAAAGGCUGUGAAAGGCCAUCAAAUUUUUGGUUAUCAUCGACUUUCAUAUCACUCUUACUUUCUGCUAUUCUAACAACUAUUAUUAUAAUUAAAACACUCAAAGAGGAUCGGAUGGAUCAAAAUUAUGGUGUAAUUGAAGAAACGGCAAAAACUGAUGAAACUUUGUGCCUUGUGGUUGUUUGCACCGAAGAAGUGGACACAUAUGGCCGCGAUUUUAUUUUUGUAUACCCACCAAAUAAUAGUGGAUCUAGCGGAAUGAACGCUACAUUAAGCAUUAUCAAUCCGGACACAAGACAUCAUGCUAAUGUCACCAUCGAAUAUCCGGAAUUUAAUACUAUUGGUGAUAAGAUCACAGUAAUACGACAUACCACAAUUUCGGUUGUCAAAGUAAUGAGCAGAAAUCUGCUUAAUUUUCAUAAGUCGGUAAUUCUGGACAACAUUACCAACGGUUUGCGCUCAUACUUAGAUGCUCGAAUCGUUGUUCAUUCCACAAUCCCAAUUACUCUUAUAGCAAAUAGUAUGGAUGUUUAUGGCGCACAAGACAGCUUUCUUGUACUGCCAAUAUCGAUGGCUGGAAAUCACUAUGCAUUUACACUUCCGGCAUCAUCGUCAUCCGGUUCAACACUUAUUUAUUUUCUGCCAGUGAAAGCUGAGCCUAAUCAGUAUAUUACUAUUAAUUUUGUCCAUGAAGCAUUCUCUUCCUCCUGCAAAUACACUGCAAAAGUAGGUAAAAUGCUGGUAUUCAGUUUAUCAGGAAAAAGCGUUACGUUUUGGGCGCGCAGUAAUUUUACAUUCAUCAUCGUUGCAGCCGUACGUGGACUGCCAACAAAGAAAAAAUCAAAUAUACUUGAUUUCGGCUGCUUUAUGCCAAGCCCAAUGCCAACGAUGGAUUGCGAUAAGUUAUCAGUGAGAGAUAGCCAUGUGACACCAUUGCUUACUGGAAAAUACUAUUUCUUAACACCACCAUCCUUUAAAUGUGGAUCAGUGGAAAUUUCGAUUUACGGUUCGAAUAAAGCUGUCAAGACGAAGCAUUUGUUAUCCACUUCCAUUCAAUCAUCCAAUCCGGUGAUACUUGAUGAAUACGGAAACAUGGCUGCGAUAAGUACUACAAUAAUGCUAAAUGUUAUCCGUUAUGGUGGUUACAAUGUUGGAGCAUUGAACUAUGAGGAAGGUGGAUAUUUGCAUGAGGUACCAACCAUUUCACAAUUUAUCACCGGUAUGAUUCCAAUUAUCGUACCCAGCGACAGCAAUCAAAUUACUGUGAUAGCAGAUUAUAAAGCAAUGUCAAGUGCCUUUUUUGAUGGCGAAAUUAGCUUAUCAUUUACUGUCCUACCAUUUCUACAUAAUUCAUUGUAUUAUGCAACCGGUACUGUAUCAUCUGGUUUCCAUUUCUUCUAUGCUGAUGGCCUAUACAUUAUUUUUAUUACCGGUCGCACAAAUAAUAGCGCUUAUGGAUAUAUUCCUGCUUUUAACAGCCGGAAAGUUGUCAAGAUCAAUUCUACUACGAGUGAGUCAUUUGCAUUUUGCAUUGCCUCAUUGUUUGAUGAUAAAAAUUAA